GUUCGUUUGCUCGACGACUCGCCGGUGAAAGCUCAGUUCAUUGAAGCGAGAGAAACGAUCCCCUCCCUCCGUCGCUGCGGCAGCCGAGGCAGUCGAGAUGUCCGUCACUCUGCACACGAAUCUCGGCGACGUCAAGUGCGAGAUCUUCUGCGACGAGGUCCCCAAAGCCGCCGAGAACUUUUUGGCACUGUGUGCCAGCGGUUAUUAUGACAGCACCAUAUUUCACCGAAAUAUCAAGGGUUUUAUGAUUCAAGGUGGCGACCCAACUGGAACCGGCAAAGGUGGAACAAGCAUCUGGGGCAAAAAAUUUAAUGAUGAGAUAAGAGAGUCUCUCAAGCACAAUGCAAGGGGAAUACUCGCAAUGGCUAAUAGCGGGCCUAACACCAAUGGAAGUCAAUUUUUCAUCACAUAUGCAAAACAGCCACAUCUAAAUGGACUAUACACCAUCUUUGGCAGAGUGAUUCACGGGUUUGAGGUCCUAGAUAUCAUGGAAAAGACUCAAACAGGACCAGGGGACAGACCUCUUGCUGAGAUCAGACUCAAUCGUGUCACAAUUCAUGCAAAUCCUCUUGCUGGAUAGCCUUUUCUUGAUGGGUUUUUCUGGUUCUUAGCUUCUAUUUUUGUUUACUUGGACUAUAACAGUUCUGCUUUUGCUUAGGGAUCUCUGUAUGCUGAUGAUAGAUACUGAAGAUGGUACUUGUAAAAUUCCAAGUACAUUGAUCUACUUCAAACCAUGUAUUGAAGUAUUCCAAGUGCAAAAAGAUGUAAAGAUGCUUGUUGAUA